UAGUGUUGCUGUUUGUGUGUAUAUAUAUAGGCAUCAUGUGGGUAGCUUAGCUAGUGGCAAUUAAGCAGCAGAGAUAGAUAAUGGCAAGUAAAGAGACGACGACGGCCGAGCUUUACUUCGUGUUCAUGAAUCGCGACCCCGAAUACGAGCGCCUUCGAUCCAACAGUACAAAAAAGGGAAGCCAUGAACUAGAUCUGUACUUAAGCAAGAAACACGAUGAGUUCUUAGCCACUACUUUGGAGCCUGGCACCUAUAACAAGACACUCUCGCUCGCUAUUGUUGAUGCAUUUGCUGUUCAAAUUACUGACCAUCAGGCGAAUGUGCUUAGAUCAGCCAAGGAAGUGAGGGUUGUGGAGAAGAAUCAAGAGCUUGCAUAAUCUGGGAGGGCAGAAGAUAGAUCUGAAACUGUACUGUGCCGGAGAAAUUGCCCCCAUAGGCUUUAUCUCCCGGCCAUUUUUAUUAGUAGGAUCGGAAAUAUGAUAUGAUGAUGAUAAGCCACAUAGUUUAUAGUUUAAACUAAAUCCAAAUAAAUUAAGGCCAUUAUUAUUAUAUGUAGCUUAAUUAUUAAAUAUUUUAAUAUUUGAUGUUAGUUAUGUUUUUAUUAAAA